AUGACAGUGCGGGAGCUCAAAGAAGAGCUGGACCUGACAGCCGGCAUCCCCUUCAACCUGCAGCGACUGCAGUUCCUGGACCAAGGAAUCUUGAUGGAUGACGCCACCCUGAAGUUCUACGAUGUCGUGCCGGGAGCAGUUAUUUCAUUAUGUAUCUGGCAUUAUGAUGGUUGGACCGAACUGGUUUUGGCUGCCGUGGAAGGGGACCCCAGUAAGGUGGUUUCAUGCUUCUUUCAAUACUAG